AAUUUUCUUUAUCAGAUAAACCUGGAGAAUUUACGCUUAUCGACCGCUAGGUAUCCUGGGAGUCGCUUCCACAUGGCACUUUUCAACAUGGCGGAUCAGUACAGUACAGGCGAUAGCGGAGUAGAUUUGAGCACAAGCGACUCGAAAAAAAGGCAACUAGAUGGCGCUGGAGAAGGUAGACCGUCUUUUAAAAGGUCAAACCUUGGAGCUGCCAAAACACCUAUCAUAAAAAUUCUCAUUCCAAACUAUGCAGCUGGUUCAAUUAUUGGUAAAGGAGGGGCCAACAUUGCUGAAGUUCAACAGCAAACAGGAGCUAGAAUCAAACUGUCACCCAACAAUGAUUACUACCCUGGAACACAGGAGAGAGUUGGUCUCAUAAUGGGGGAAGUGGAAACAAUUAACAAAAUGUUAAAUUUUGUUAUUGAAAAGAUCAGGCAAGAGCCGCCAGCAAUGAAACUAAAUCCAGCCAUGACAUACGACAAGGAGCGUGCCAAGCAGAUGAAAAUUGUGAUACCCAACUCUACGGCAGGACUUAUUAUUGGUAAGAGUGGUGCAACUAUCAAAUACAUAAGUGAUCAAACUGGUGCUAGGAUACAAGUAAGUCAGAAAAAUGCCGACUCGGUGCCUGGCGAGAGAGUUAUCGGUGUCUCUGGAACUCUAGAGCAAGUGCAGGCGGCUUGCACAGUUAUAGCAGCAAAAGUACAAGAGGACCCUGAACAUGCAUUGAACAACAACAUUUUCUACUCUAGUCUUUCAUCCAACAAUGCUCACAAACUCUCAAAUGGAAAUGCUGCUGGUUUUAAUGCCUUUGGUGGUGGGGGCCUUUCAGGUUCUGGGUUGGGUGGACUGGGGUUUGCCAACUCAGGGGGUACAGGUAAUAGUGCUGCAGCUAAUAGCAUAUUAGCCCAUGCAGCUUUACUAAGUGGGGGUGGGCUGGGAGCAAAUAACCCUCUCCUCAACGCGAUGGGAAAUCUGGGACCUCUGGGACUAUCAACAUCUGGUUCACAGAUACAAUCAACCGCAACCGUGGAGCUGACUGUGCCAGAUGAGCUGAUCGGUGCAGUCCUCGGUAAACAGGGCAAAACUAUCAAUGAAAUCAUGCAAUAUAGUGGAGCCAAGAUACAGGUAUCGCAAAAAGGAGAAUUCAUUCCUGGCACUAACAAUAGGAAAGUUGUUAUUACUGGUGAUUUCAAUUGCGCACAGACUGCUCAUUUUUUGAUCACGCAACGACUCCAACAAGUAGAAGCAGAGAGGCUUUUAGGACAGCAUUCAUAACCGCCAUGCAGUCACAGAAUUUAUCCUGCCCUCUGCAUCUCUAGCCCUACACACACACACACACAUACACACACACAAACACACAUACUGACUGGUUUUAAUUAAUAGUUUCGAAAUGUGGGCUCUUAUUGUGACAUGGUGUUUGUGCUGGUGACAUCUUUAAAUGUUAUUAUUAUUGUAAUUAUUAUUAUUAUUAUUAUUAUUAUUUUUAUUAUUAUCAUUAUCAUUUUAAUAAUAAUGUAACAGCAACAUAUACAUGUAUGCAAUUUCAAGCUGGUCCAUGGAGAAACAAUUAAAAAACAUCAUUCACCACCAUGGAAAAUCAAUUGUUUUUUUUUCAUUGGUGUGGAGUACAUAAAUUUUAAUCCAAUUAAUGGAACCUAAAACACAUGUUUCAUAAUUUUCUGUGUGAUUUUUCAUUACAUCAGCGAUUAGCCACUUUUCUUAAGAGAACUUCCAUUAUUUGUUUACAAAUGCACUGUACGGUACAUUAUAAUUUCAUUUUGGGUGAAAUUCACAUUUAUUCAUUUAUGCCACACCAUAUUUUGUGUUGUGAAAUUUGAAGCUUAUCCACCACUGGAAAAAAGGCUCUGGUGGCUCGGUCAGGCUAAACUUUGUACAGAACUGAAUAAUGAUAGAUAAUUUAUCAUUAUUUAAAACUUAGGUUAGUGGAUUAAUAAUUAUUAUUAUUAUUAUUAUUGAAUAUCUUCUGUAACUUAUACAGUAUUAAUUGCUCAUUUCCAAAUUUAUGCUAUUCUCAUCAGUUUAAAUAGAGAUAUUCACAGAGAAGUGAAAGUCCUAAACUAGUAUUAUUAGAUGUAAAAAAAAAAAUUAGUGAAAAGUCCUUCAGUUGAGUUCUCAGGAGGUCACACACUGGCUUUGUUAGAGGCCAAUCUGUAAUUAGUGAUUUUUUAAGUUAGGUAUUGAAUUAUUUAUCUGCCAGUCAGUACAGAUUGAAUCUUGGCUUGCAGGAGACAUUUUGAAAUUGUGAGCCUUUUAUUGCCCUUGAGGUGAAAUUAAGAAAAGUAAAUGGUAUUUAAACCAAUUUUAAAAUGAAAGGUAGGUUUUAUCAUGAUAAUUUCAUGCUUGGUUACAUGUAGCAGGUACAAAUUCUCAAUUUCUUCGUCAUUUUGGAAGGUAGAUACUUGAGUCACAACUAAGACCUCAUCUGCUGGUAUCCCUUGUUCAUUGAAAAUCUUUAAUUGAAAUUUUACUAAUUUGUUGAAAAAAGAAUGUAAACUUUCAAAGCGAAGCAACUGAAAACACUGCUACUAUUGUUGUAAGCUAAUAUGGAACAGUUGCCAAGUCAGCAAUAGUUUAAAAUGAAGCACCUAAACAUGUGUGCUGUCAAUUUGUUUAAGGCCCUUUUUUCCCUUCAACUCUAGUAAUUGCAUUAUAACAGCAUUUUCUGGAUCUCUUCACUGGAAAAUACUUUUGAAGAGAGGUUUCUGAUACUUGAUGUAGGCAGAAGGCAAGUCUGGAGAAUAAUCUGUGUCAUUGAAGAAAGGCAGAUACGUGUGGAUGUGGUCAUAGUUGAAAAUGAUAUUGGGUACUGCAGCUUCACAAUUAGGCAAGGUGGUACAUUUUAAGUACUUUAGAAUCCAAAUUGAAGCUCUACACUUAAUUUGUCAUUAAUAUGAAUGAAAGAGAGCUAUAUCAUGGUACAGAAUUACAUGUAAGGUUACUUUUCUAUGUAGCCAGCCUUUGGGUUCCUUGGAAGAUUUCACAAUAGAGACUUCACCAGCAAGUUUUAGCUGCACAACCUUUGUGUAUUUUAUUAUUUUAAUGACAGCAAGCCAACAUAUAGUUACUCAUUGAUGACUAGUGUUGGAUGGUUGGGAUCAGUCUUUUUGUGCAGUAUGCUUUUGUUGAAUCAAAGAACAAUCUAACGCUAAAAAGAACUCAUCUGGUAAUUCAGCCACUUAACACCACUGAUAAAUGGCCAUCGAUUCAUCUGUAGAGAUGCAAAAACAUUUAAUUCUACUCUGGAGCCCAGUGGCAGCCCACAGCACAAGCUUAUCACAGCUGGGAGUAUUGCUUCUCCCAUCCAUUCGGUUUCCCAAGUGGUUUGUCCACACCCAUUUUACUUCCCCAGAGACGCUAUGCAACUCCCCAGCUAAAGCUUUAACAGGGAAUUCUUGGCCAAGAGCAAAGGCCACUCCUCACUAUGCUUUCAGACAAGAAAUAGCUAGCUUAAAUUAAACCUUUACUGCUGUGAGGAAGUGGAAGUCAGUUUUUGCACAGUGGCUGUACUGAUGAAAUCUAGAAAGGAUGUAUGUUAGUUUUUAAUCCCUCUGGCUUACUUUGGAACCUUUUUUUUUUUAACUUGAAUGAUUAUUGUUAUUAAUUUAAAGAUUGCAGUACCUAUACAAUACCAUAAGAUUACUAGCACAUAUUAAAAAUUAAGAUUUGUUUAUUUUUUGGACCCAACUAAAGCUUCUGUACUGCAAGGAAAAAAAAGAGGUCUUUGUGGGUUUGUGCUUUCUUUUGCAAUUGAAGAGUGGUGAAAAAGAGCCUCAUCUGACUUGUGUCAUCCAUAACUCUCCUUGUUUUAUAAGCAUACACAACUGAGGAAAUUGAGACGGACUCCACCUGUUGAUUGGACCACUUACAGAUAUAUUUUUCUCCCUAAUUAUAUCUUUGUCUCUGCAACUGUAGUGGAGGCAUUUGUCUUAGCAUGGAACUUGAUAUAAUGGACAACCCAUGACUGACCCUUGGCAUUCUUGCAGUCAGAUGUUUUACCUCUUACUUCAAAAAUUUUUAGUCAAGUAUCUUUUUUUUUUUUUUUAAUUCUUUCUGACUUCAAUAUUUCAUAGGGGUGUGCAUGAACCAUUUUCCUCAUGACAAGUAGUUUUGCAAAGUUUUAACUUCAACUUCUAUUCAGUUUUUUGCCUGUGUCAUUAUUUCAAACUGACUUUUUUUUUUAUCAGAAGCCCAAAUUGACUGCAUGUGUUCAUAGUCUUUUGAUUUAUUACUGUACUACUUCUAUUUUGCUCAUCACUUGGAGUUCAUCAUGUAGUCUGACUGCCCAGGCCCCUGAAAUGGUUGCUGGUGACUUUCACAGAGUUUACCGGUAGUAGACUGAGUAGAAAUCCAUCAUCAGAGAAAGUCUGAUUAGGAUUUCUGCCUCACCCUAUUGGUUAUUCUCCCUGCUGUCUGCCAUACAAUUCUUCUGUUUGGAGAUUUUGGUAUUGGAUCAACUAAUAAUCCUCUAAUUGAUAUUUUCUUAAUUCUCAUCACUUGUUGGUGUGAAGUUGUAUUGACAUUGUAAGGAGAAGUUGUGUCCUGGUCUCAGAUAACAUUACCCUCACUUAGACAAUCAGACAACAUGAUGAACUCACUUGGGUUCUAACAAUUUACCGUUAAUAUUUUGAGUCAAUUAUUAGUUUAGUUAACCCUUUCACUCUCAAGAUCUCAUUAGUAAUUCUCCUUACUGUCUGCCAAACGAUUCUCAUUAUGUUAGUUUGAAGAAUUUGGUAUUGGAUCAAUUAGUAAUCCCCCAAUUGAUAUUUUUCUUUAUUCUCUCAUCACUCAUCUGCUUGAUAUUGUAUGGAUUUAGUAAGGAGAAAUUUUGUCUUGGUCACUCAUAGGAGUUAAGGGUUAACUUUUGUCUCAUAUUGGUUCGUUGUGUUUAUCAGCAUCCAUGGAUUCACUAUGUAACAAGAGAACACUGAUUUGAAGACCUGCUGGUACACUUAUCACAUGUUACAUGUCUCUUUCCUGAACACUGUGACUUGCUUGUAUAAUUCCCCUUAUCAUAUUGUGGGUACAUUUAACAUCACAGCUUGUAUCGCUCCACUUAAUAAACUGCUGAUACAUCCAU